CAGUAACCCAUGACUUUCCUAACCCGCUUAGCCGAGCCUCAACCUUGACUUGAUCAUCUCCAGCGAUGUUCAUAUUUAGUCCUGGAGUCUCUCUGCUGGGCUGGAACCGAUAGCACUCGCCCUGCUUGCGGGGACCGGGCAAGGCAGACGAGUCUGGGCUGUAAGGAGCAACAGUCCUACUUUUCUCCCUCAGCGGACCGACAAUUUCUGCGUACUGAUUAUACUCGUUAGCAAACAUCCUAAGCUCGGUGCGGAACAAUACAACUACAAGGGCGCCUCUACGAGGUUCUGGAUUUCAUCAAAAGUCAAAAUGUCCGCGGAAGCGAUUCUGAAUUUCAACCUGGUGUGCUGUGCACUUGGAGGCUUCGUCACACUCUUUGGUCUUGUGUCUUAUCUGCUUAAGGAAGGAUUUUACGUGACAGAACCACUCGUUUCCCUAACUGCCGGAGCGUUUCUUUCACCCUAUGGUCUUAACCUAAUACGCCCGCUCGAAUAUGCUGGCUCCCAGGAGGCUAUCGAUACCAUCACCCUCUGCUUUACGCGGCUAGUACUAGGCGUCCAGCUAGUGAUAGCAGGAGUCCAGCUACCCCACAAAUACCUGAAGACAGAAUGGCGGAGUCUCGCGAUCCUGCUUGGGCCUGGGAUGAUGACCAUGUGGAUUGUUACGAGCCUCUUGGUAUGGAAACUAGUUCCGGGCCUAACUUUGGUGCAAGGCCUCAUUGUCGGCGCUUGCGUAACCCCGACUGACCCUGUGUUGUCGAACUCGAUCGUGAAGGGCAAGUUUGCAGAUAAGCACAUCUCAACGCCAUUACAGAGGAUCAUCCUCGCGGAAUCGGGUGCCAAUGACGGGCUUGGAUAUCUUUUUCUCUUUCUCCCUCUAUACAUAGUCGGGUUCUCAGGGUCCGACGGUGGCACAGAGAAAGCGGUCACUUCUUGGUUAGGCGAUACUUGCUUCUACACAGUCUUCCUUAGCGUCGUCUAUGGCGCUGUGGCAGGUUGGGCGGCAAAGGAGGCCCUCUUUUGGGCCGAAAGGAGAAGGCUUGUGGAUAAGGAAAGCUUUCAUUUGUUUGUCGUUGCUCUAGCGCUAUUCAUCAUAGGCACGGUAGGACUGAUUGAUGCUGACGAUGUCCUGGCUUGCUUCAUUGCUGGGAACACCUUCACAUGGGACGAUUGGUUCCGCCAGCAGACGGAAGACGACUCUCUUCAGCCCAUCAUGGACCUGCUCCUCAAUGUGGCGGUAUUCAUGUGGGCCGGCGCCGUGUGCCCCUGGGAGACGUUCCUGUCAAACGACAUCAUUCCCGUCCACCGACUAGUACUUCUUGGUAUCCUUGUACUCCUCCUCCGUCGUCUGCCAAUGGUAUUCGCCUUGCGAAAGCAAAUCCACCAGAUCCAUACUACACGCCAUGCCCUCCUCACCGGCUUUUUCGGCCCCAUCGGUAUCAGCGCAAUAUUCUACUUAUACGUGACGUUGGACUUUCUGCGCGAUGUGCAAGUCCGCGAUCCUGGACGGGGAGACUGCGAGAAGCUGGCGGAAGUGACACUGGUUACAGUGUGGUGGCUAGUCAUAACUAGCGUCAUUGUACAUGGACUUAGCAUUCCCCUCGCUAAUCUCGCACUCUAUCUCAAACAGUUCUUGCGCUCGGCGAGGCGAUGGGGCUUUAAGAAGGAGGAGUCGCCUCGCGGAAGUGAAGAAGCCGGUCGGGGCAGCCACGAUCCAGAGCGUUGGCCGCUACUCGCUGAGCGCUCGGAAAGCGCGUGUUGA